UGAAUGAGUACCGUGACGGGACGACGUCGCGACGCACUCCGUCGCAGCCACCCUGAGGGGUUACGGAUGUCCGAGUGCUUGCGAGAAACCUGAUCCGUGACAACGAACUUCAUUCUUUACGAGACGAACGACGGUCGUGUGUUUCAACGAAUUCGAAAGAAGAAACGACACGCUGCUGUAUCCGAACUACGAACCGUUUCACGGAAGUGAAAAUAUUGAACGAAUCAGAAGAUACACGAAGAAAAGCCGAAAAAUGCUGUUCGGGGUUACUGUCUUUGUCUAUGCAUUGAACUCACUGUGGGUAGUAUGUCAAGCAGUGCCUUUGUUGGACCUGCGAAACACGCUGGAACAGAACGUUUUGGAUGCUAUGAUUACAUCGGCCUGUUCUUCAAAUGGAGAGUGUUGGGAAUGGUUACCGGUGCAGGAAGUUCAUAAAAAUAUUGCUACCGUACCAGACAAUCUACCGAUAUUAAAAACACCUACUCGAAGGCAAACUCCAAAUAUAGAUCCAAAUACAAUAAUAGAAUCAUGGGACGAUAAUGUUCCAACACUGGAGAAGAACAGUCUGUCACCACUAGCUGCUAAACGAAAUGGAAAUAGAUUGUCGAAGAAAGAUGUACUUAUGUCUCGUGGUUGGGGUGCUGGUGGUAUGCCCUUUUCUGUUCUUUAUAUGAAUCCACAUGCUCCCCGUGGGAAUUAUGCAGGUAAUGAACAACAACAUGAAUUGGGAAAAGCAGUUGACAGUCCAACCCCGGCGAUGGGACAAUCUAAUUCUCGCAUUGCAGUUCGUAAUGGAGGGCCUACACUACCGCGAAAACAGUAUUCAAUAAUACCACAGCUUUUUAUAUCUUACGGUUGGGGUCCAUUCGGUAAAUGAACUACUACAGUAUGAACGAAAUAUUGAUCUCAUAUUAUUGGUAUACAAGGUCAACUGUAGGAAUUUUUAAUCGUGUAUAGCUUUAAACAAGUAUUCUGCUAUACUCUGUACUUAAAUGCAACUUCACUUUACUGGCAUAAAUUGCAUUUUAAAUAAUUUUGUUUUUUUAAGCAUUUAUAAAAGUUCUUUAAAUUAUUCAACGACAUUUUUGUAUAUAAUAUUUUUUAAAUACUCUUUAAAACUUUUUAUUCUAGUCCAUUAAAUAGUUACUUAAUUUUUUAACUAACUGUUACUUUUUUUUUAAUCCUGUCUUGAAAACCCUACCUCACUAUCCAUUAAAGGUCCGUUACAUGAUCCUUUGAUUUACUUUAACUACAAAAUCUUUUUAAAAUUCUAUAUAAUUUAGAAACAUACACUAAAAUAAAUUUUACUUUUUAUAAGAAGUAAACAUUACUACUCCAAACGUUUCAAUUAUAUCAAAAUCAAUUUCUUUUACAAAAGAAUAAUUAUUUUCUGACUUACCAUUCAUCUCCUUCAUUGCUUUGAUGAAGUCUUGAGGAUCCUUAAAAGAGACAAAUCCAAAUCCUUUCGUCUUGUUCGUUCUUUUAUCUCUAACUACUUUUGCCCUCUGAAAACUGGGAUAUUUGCCGAAAACCCUUACCAGCAUCUCGUCUGUGACAUCGUUUCCUAAAUCUCCACAGAAUAUUCUGAAAUCAUCUGUAUACAAAAAAAAAAA